AUAACCCACAAUACCUAAAUAAAACCUCUGAAAACAACCCAUCAUCUUCUUUGUAACUACAUUAUUUGAUUCAAUCAAACUUUUUUCUCAAACUUGUCUUUUUCAUUGCCCCAUUUUUUUUGGCUAUUUGACACCUAAAAUCCCACAAGAAUCAUGGGUCAUGUGGUUCCCAAUAAUCCCAUUUACUCGUUUUGGUAAACCCCACAAAAUUCAUGUAUUUAGGAAUCCAAAAUUCUAGAAACUAAUUUCUUCUUUGAAUCUUCUACAUCUUUCUCCUUCCCUGUAAUUGUGUAUACCUAAAUUGGAGAGAGAAUGGAGAAGAUACCAACAUGGCAAGUAGAAGUUCUUUGUGGAAUUGUAGCAUGGAUUAUAAUUUCAUCUUUUUUGGGUUUAACUCGAAAGAUUAGAUCUUUGUUACAACCUUGGGUUAUACACCAUGUUAAAACUGGCAUUCCUCUUGUUCUUCAGAUCCAGAAAUCACGGCAUAAAUUUUAUGAUGUUCUGUUUACUGUGCUAUCAUGUGUAGUUUCUGUGCCAUUCUAUACUGGUUUCCUUCCUCUCCUUUUUUGGAGUGGACAUGGGAAGCUAGCAAGGCAAAUGACACUUUUAAUGGCUUUCUGUGAUUAUGUUGGAAAUUGUAUAAAGGAUGUAAUUUCGGCUCCAAGGCCAAGUUGCCCUCCUGUUAGGAGAUUGAUUGCUACUAAAGAUGAAGAAGAAAAUGCACAGGAAUAUGGUUUGCCUUCAUCUCAUACCCUCAACACAGUUUGCUUAUCUGGGUUCCUUUUGUAUUAUGUUAUAUCAUAUAACCAAAGAAGUGUUGGUCCGGAAGAAUUUGCUGGUCUUGCUGUGGUUUGCUUGCUUGUUGGCCUUAUAGCCUUUGGAAGAAUCUACCUUGGCAUGCACAGUUUGAUUGAUGUCAUAGGUGGGUUGAUUCUUGGAUUGACAAUCCUUGCGUUUUGGCUCACAUUCCAUGAAUAUGUUGACUCUUUUAUCACUUCUGGUAAAAAUGUUACAUCAUUUUGGACUGCUCUCAGCUUCUUAUUGUUCUUUGCUUACCCAACACCUGAGGUUCCAACGCCAAGCUUUGAGUUCCAUACCGCCUUCAAUGGUGUUGCAUUUGGCAUUGUUUCUGGGGUACAACAGACAUAUUACCAAUUUCACCAUGAGGAUGUGCCACGCCUUUUUACCUCUACACUUGCAGCUCCCACCUUUAUGGGGCGGAUCCUUGUGGGUAUUCCCACCAUCCUACUGGUGAAGUAUUGCAGCAAGGCCUUGGCAAAGUGGAUUUUGCCAGUGGCAUUGAAUACAAUGGGUAUAUCUGUAAGGUCGACGACUUAUCUUCCUGCUCUUAAUGUAUCUACAACUGGUAAAAAUUCAGACAAAACCAAGCAGCAAUCGGGGUACCUUCAGAAAAUAUUCUUCGCUUCCCGUGAGGAUUCUUUCGAUAUUGACACAGGAAUCAGAUUUAUCCAGUAUGCAGGCCUUGCGUGGUCUGUGGUUGAUCUUGUUCCAUCACUAUUUUCUCAGCUCAAUUUGUGAUUAGUAUAUUUUUGGCAUUUAUCUGUAGAGGCAUCUCCGUAUCUGUUGUUUAACCCCUUGCUUGGGAGGCAAAAACAUUCCCUUAGUAAGUAUAUAUUCAAAUAUAAUUUUUACAC